UUGAAAUGUAAGACAUUUCAGGCUAAUAACUCGAUAGUUAGCUCCUUUACCACCAAAUUUGAACCAGCACUAGCAAGGUCCUUCUUGCCAUGUUGGGAUGAUCCGGGAGUCAAAGCUACUUUUAACAUUUCGGUUCUCCAUCAUCCGAAGUAUGCAGUGUUAUCCAAUAUGCCCAAAAGCGGAGAAAAAAGAAGAAGUUACGACGUGAUUAUGACAACUUUCCAAGAGACACCACCAAUGUCCACUUAUCUGCUUGCCUUCGCGAUUGGGGAGAUGAUACCAUUAGAAAUGCGUACGGAGCGAAAUCUACCGCUCUCGAUUUGGACCCAUCCGGAAGAUUUUUUGUCCGCUCGUUUUGCCGCCAAUUUUUCGCCAGUAAUGUUUGACAGAAUGGAGGACGAAUUUGAGGUAAAAACAUUGCAAUGCUCCAAAGCGGAUACUCAACAAGAUCUUAUCUUUCAGGUCCCCUAUCCGUUACCUAAAAUGGACUUCGUUGCAGCUCGUAGUUUUCCUGUUGGUGGAAUGGAGAAUUGGGGUCUAAUAGUUUUCGACAAACAGUCCCUACUUUUAGAUAGUUCUUUAGAAGAUGGUCUCAACAUGACUGUGGAUCGACUCUACCAUGAGUACCGCAUUGAAAAGAUCAUUACACAUGAGAUCGCACAUCAGUGGUUCGGUAACCUGGUAACGAUGCGAGAUUGGUCUGAUCUAUGGUUAAAUGAGGGCUUUGCGACGUACAUGGUAUACGAACUUCUAGCGGCAGAGCAUCCUAGGUUGACUGAGAACGAAUACUUGACUCGACUAUGUCAACUAGUCAGGAAACAGGUGAAUGUGACAGCUUAUAUGUACCUUCGAAAAAACGCCUACCGAUCGGUGUCGAGGCAAGAAUUGUGGGAGAGCAUGCCAGCUUACGCCGACCAUGGUGCUGAACAGCAGCGGCUUAGCGAAGUCAUGGAAGGCUGAUACCUUCGAAAAAACGCCUACCGAUCGGUGUCGAGGCAAGAAUUGUGGGAGAGCAUGCCAGCUUACGCUGACCAUGGUGCUGAACAGCAGCGGCUUAGCGAAGUCAUGGAAGGCUGGUUAGUCAAUGAGGGAGUGCCUGAGAUAACAAUUAGUCGAAACUAUCACAAUGAUAUGAUCACCGUGACACAAAGACGUUGUGACGAUCAGUACUAUAAGGCAUUCUUGGGGAAUGGUGAAAAAGCACUGUUGACUAAGCCAAGCGAUGUUAGAGCUAGUCGAAUUCGACGGGAUGACCUUCUAGGAACUACACCUUUUGAUGACGCCCUGUUUGAAUACAUACCCGCUGAAAGUGGAGAACCAGUGAAGAGAAGGCGAAAACAUGGGCGAAGGAAAGCUAAGAAGUUCAGCUUCGAACAACGGCAACUCCGCCCUCGUCGAGCAUAUCCAUUCAUGUCCGACGAGAUGAGCUACGAAAACCGCGACAUACGCCCAAACCCACUGAUCUUUGGAUCAUCCCAUUCAGCUACACUUUUGGAUCUGUGA